AUUGAUUGAAAUAAAAUAAAAUAAUUCUACAUUAACGAAGACCAAGAAAAAAAAAAAACCACAUAACCUGUGGUUGUCCAUGUGGAUAUACCUACGGCCUGCAAUUUGCCACGUUGGACACACAUGCAAGCUGAUUGAGAAAUCCAGAAGUUACCCGUUUAAGUUCUCGUGAACCGGAUGCUAAUGUUCAAACCGACGGUCUCCUUCAAAUAUUCCGCGGAUAAAAUCACCACCAUAUCCUUACUAGUAAGAGCAGAGCUGUGAACCCUCUUAUCUCUAUCAUGGCUACUGCGACUCAUCUUUGCUUUUCUAUACCAAUUUCAAUUUCUCCUGUCCUUUCACGCAAAGCAGCUAGCUUUGUUACACCCAAUUUCCAGACCACUCAAUCUAGAAUAUAUUGCAAUGUAAACCCAUUAGGUGAUUUUGGGGCGAGAGAUCCAUUUCCAGCUGAAAUAGAGAGCCAGUUCGGUGAAAAGGUUUUGGGUUUUGCUAGCACGGAGCACAAAAUUCUUAUCCCAACUGCCUCUGCUCUCUCCCUUGCUCAACAGGAAUGCACUCCCAUCUCUCCCAGUCAGACUCCCUUGUCUGAGUUUGAAGCUAAACAGCUUCUCCUCAAGGUUGUAGGUUGGAAACUAGCAAAUGAUGAUGGGGUGCUUAAACUGCAAUGUACAUGGAAAUUAAGAGACUUUGAAUGUGGGGUUGAACUGAUCAAUAGAAUAGGCAAGGUGGUGGAAGGCACAGGGCACCUACCCACUCUUCAUCAAUUAGAGCAGUCUAAUCAAGUGCAUGCUGAGCUGUGGACUCCUUCCAUUGGAGGUUUGAGCGUGAAUGAUUUCAUUGUAGCUGCUAAAAUAGAUCAGGUAAAGACAUCGGACCUCAUACCAAGAAAAAGAGUCUGGGCGUGAUGACGAUAGCUUUGCGAAUCGCUCGUAGUACAGUUUCCAGAAUUGCAGUUGCUUCUUUUUCAGUGAACAAAAGCCUUGUCUAAGCAAUGGCCAGGGAUUUUUUAUCGCAUUGUUUUUGUGUAUUAACUUAUAACUCAUUCUAAACUAAAAACUUAGUCGACAGACAACGGUUAGCCAUGAUCGAGUUCUCUGAACAAUAGUAUGAAUCCAAAAGCAUAAUAGCAAUCCUCAACGCA